AUGCAGGAGCUUCUCCAGGAGGAAAAAAAGAAACUACAGGAAGAGAUCGAGCUUGCCUCACAGGAUCGUGCAAAUUUACAGAAGACACUCUCCGAUCUGGCCCAGAAAACUAUCUCUUGCUCUCUUUUGUUUCACCCAGAGAAUAGACACUAUAGUGCCGGAGUGAAAACAAGCAAUUAUCCAGACUCUGAUCUAGCAAACCAACACUAUGGCGAGAAGACCAGCACGAUGUUACCGCUAUUGCAAAAACAAGGUCAGUCACAUUCGACCGUACGGACUACUUCUACCAAGGCCUUACUCUUCCAGCCGUUUCCCAAGUCCCGGUUCAACCGAGGUGUCCCUGAUCCCAAGAUCCGCAUUUUCGAUACAGGACGAAAGAAGGCUAUCGUAGACGAUUUUCCUUGCUGCAUACAUUUAGUAUCCAAUGAAAACGAACAGCUGAGUUCCGAAGCGUUGGAAGCGGCGCGUAUCUGCGCCAACAAGUACCUUGUAAAGACUGCAGGCAAGGAAUCCUUCCACCUUCGAAUUCGCGUCCACCCGCACCACACUAUUCGGAUCAACAAAAUGCUCAGUGUCGCCGGCGCCGAUCGACUACAAACUGGUAUGCGAGGCGCCUGGGGUAAACCGGUUGGUAAAGUUGCUCGAGUGAAAGUGGGUAAGAUUUUAGUCUCUGUCCGGACAACAGAUCGCCAUCGCCCAGUGGCCAUUGAGGCUCUGCGUCGCUCAAUGUAUAAAUUUCCUGGUCGGCAAAAGGUCAUUGUCAGUAAGAACUGGGGAUUUACGAACUUAGCUCGGGAUAAAUAUGUGCAAAUAAGAGACGCAGGUCUAGUCAGGAAUGACGGUGCUUAUAUACAGUUCUGUCAGCGGAAGAGCUUGCCAACAUAG